CGCAGCUUCCGGUUGUCAGUGGCCGGAAUGCCGCUGCGUCGGGUCGUAGGUGUCAAGCCUGCCGCCGCCGGGUAGUCCUCGCCCCCUCCCCGCUCCCUCCGGUGAGUUAGGGGUCGGCGGCGAGGAGGGCAGCGGAAGAGCGGCGGGGCCGAGACCCGAACAGGGGGUGGGCCACUAGCCCUCUCCGUGACGCGAAGACCCUGGUUGCUUUGAAACUCCUGCUUCAGACCCCUUACCCUUCCCAGUCCAAAGCCCGGGGCCCUGGCCCACUCCCCCGCUAGCCUGCGGCCCGCACUGCCCCUGCGGGGAUGACGUUAAGCGCGAGGCGAGGUCCUCUGACGUCAGACGUAACUGUCCACCAUCUUUGUUCCUGGCGAGUGGGUUUUGCGCACUGGCUUAGACCUGGAGGAAUCGUGACGCGCAGGAAACCAUUUAGACCACCUCUCGGGCUGCGCUUUCAGGCAGCUGCCGCCCCGCGUUUGCCCUCGGUGCACAUUAAAGAUCCAAAACCAUGACAGAUUCCAAGUACUUCACAACAAAUAAGAAAGGAGAAAUCUUUGAAUUAAAGGCUGAACUCAACAAUGAAAAGAAAGAAAAGAGGAAGGAGGCUGUGAAGAAAGUGAUUGCUGCUAUGACUGUGGGGAAGGAUGUUAGCUCUCUCUUUCCAGAUGUAGUGAACUGUAUGCAGACUGACAACCUGGAGCUAAAGAAGCUCGUGUAUCUCUACUUAAUGAACUAUGCCAAGAGUCAGCCAGAUAUGGCUAUCAUGGCUGUUAACAGCUUUGUAAAGGACUGUGAAGACCCCAGUCCUCUGAUUCGGGCCUUGGCAGUUAGAACCAUGGGGUGUAUCCGUGUGGACAAGAUUACAGAAUAUCUCUGUGAGCCCCUUCGGAAGUGCUUGAAGGAUGAAGAUCCCUAUGUUCGGAAAACAGCAGCAGUCUGCGUGGCAAAACUCCAUGAUAUCAAUGCCCAAAUGGUGGAAGAUCAGGGAUUUCUGGAUUCUGUGCGGGAUCUCAUAGCAGAUUCAAAUCCUAUGGUGGUGGCUAAUGCUGUAGCAGCAUUAUCUGAAAUCAGUGAAUCUCACCCAAAUAGCAACUUACUUGAUCUGAACCCACAGAACAUUAAUAAGCUGCUGACAGCCCUGAAUGAGUGCACCGAAUGGGGCCAGAUUUUCAUCCUGGACUGCCUGUCUAAUUACAACCCUAAAGAUGACCGGGAGGCUCAGAGCAUCUGUGAGCGGGUAACUCCCCGACUAUCUCAUGCCAACUCAGCAGUGGUGCUUUCAGCAGUAAAAGUCCUAAUGAAAUUUCUAGAGUUGUUACCUAAGGACUCUGACUACUACAACAUGCUGCUGAAGAAGUUGGCCCCUCCACUUGUCACUUUAUUGUCUGGGGAGCCAGAGGUGCAGUAUGUCGCCCUGAGGAACAUCAACCUAAUUGUCCAGAAAAGGCCUGAAAUCUUGAAGCAGGAAAUCAAAGUCUUCUUUGUAAAGUACAAUGACCCUAUCUAUGUUAAACUAGAGAAGUUGGACAUAAUGAUUCGCUUGGCAUCCCAAGCCAACAUUGCUCAGGUUCUAGCAGAACUGAAGGAGUAUGCCACAGAGGUGGAUGUUGACUUUGUUCGCAAAGCUGUGCGGGCCAUUGGAAGGUGCGCCAUCAAGGUGGAGCAGUCUGCAGAGCGCUGUGUGAGCACAUUGCUUGAUCUCAUCCAGACCAAAGUAAAUUAUGUGGUCCAAGAGGCAAUUGUUGUCAUCAGGGACAUUUUUCGCAAAUACCCCAACAAGUAUGAAAGUAUCAUCGCCACUCUGUGUGAGAACUUAGACUCACUGGAUGAGCCAGAUGCUCGAGCAGCAAUGAUUUGGAUUGUGGGAGAAUAUGCUGAAAGAAUUGACAAUGCAGAUGAGUUACUAGAGAGCUUCCUGGAGGGUUUUCAUGAUGAAAGCACCCAGGUGCAGCUCACUCUGCUUACUGCCAUAGUGAAGUUGUUUCUCAAGAAACCAUCAGAAACACAGGAGCUGGUACAACAGGUCUUGAGUUUGGCAACACAGGAUUCUGAUAAUCCUGACCUUCGAGACCGGGGCUAUAUUUAUUGGCGCCUUCUCUCAGCAGAUCCUGUCACAACCAAAGAAGUAGUCUUGUCUGAGAAGCCACUGAUCUCUGAAGAGACAGAUCUUAUUGAGCCAACUCUACUGGAUGAACUAAUCUGCCACAUUGGUUCUUUGGCCUCUGUGUACCAUAAACCUCCUAAUGCGUUUGUGGAAGGCAGUCAUGGAAUCCAUCGCAAACACUUGCCAAUACAUCAUGGGAGUGAAGGAAUAUAUGUACCUUGUUCACCUAUUCUGCCUUCUAUUUCAAGGUUCUGAUAAACAGUGUGACAGAACAUCUCCUUAAAUG